GGUGAUUCCGCGAGCCUCUGAUUGUUUGAUAGCAAACUGUAUACAUGCCUGUUUCCGUGCAGGAUUUUGAAUGUGGCGGCGCUCACCUGCGGACGCCGACUCGAUCAAGGGGCAGUCUGCAUUAAGCAUUUACAACGUGGCGGUAGCUCUUGCACAAUCACAAACACUGGUCAGCCGAUCAGCAGUGGCUAGGUCUCUACGACACCGUGAGCGUUGCACUCAGAAGAGGACUGGAAGGGACCAGGUCGUUUUGGCGUUGAUCCAAUCAUUGGCGUAUCAUUCCGCGGCCAUGGCCUGCUCGCACCCUAGAGCUCAAUUUGGACAAGCUGAGGGAGAAUGGCAAUGAUCAUUUCACCGACGUAAUCUCCAUGAUCGACGCCAAUCCCCGACCUCUUGUCAUAUAUGAACAAGCAUGCAAAUGAACUGUUUGGGGCUUCCCUCGUUCCUUUCGUCUCUCCCAAGUGGCCGUCUUCCCUUUUCCCCGCUUAUCCGACAUGGUUCGCAUUAUGACGGGGCCCCUGGAAAACAUCUUUGGUGGCUUUUUCGUCGGGAACGCUGUCGCUACGUUUCUCUUUGGGAUACUCACAGUACAGGUUGCCCUUUACUACAACCGUUUCCCUCAGGAUGGUAGAUGGACGCGGCGAGCGGUCGGAUUUCUCUGGGCUGUCAUUCUAUUUCAAACGGUCUGCAUGACUAAAAUGAUUUGGUGGUUGCACAUCCAAAAUUAUUUCAAUCCACGCGCAUUGGCAACAGCGCAAUGGGAGGGUACAUCAUAUCACCUCUCCACAACAGUUGGGUCCCUUGUCGUUCAGUCUUUCUUUGUGUUUCGUAUUUGGAGCCUUUCUGCGAACAUUUGUGUCGCAGCACCCCUACAAGCCCUUGUUAUCAUGCAGUUCGCUUUUGCCACAGCACUUUCAACUCUGGCGAACAUAUCAUUAUCCCUCGAAGAAAUCUCCCAUAGGUGGAAUUGGUUAUCUAAGCUUUGGCUAACGACGCAGGCAACAUGUGACGCUCUAAUUGCAAUAUUGACCACAUUCCUGCUCUGGUACCGCAAGACUGGUUUCAAAAAGACGGACAGAGCCAUCAACACGAUGGUGUAUUGGUCCAUAGCCACGGGUAGCGCGACCUGUCUUCAAACCAUUAUUUUGAUAAGUCAUGAUUUUAGUAUGCCCACCAUGGUUUUACAUUUAGCACUCUCGUACUCGGAAUGACCCUUAGUCCCAUGUAUCCCAUAUCAAUGCUCGCAAACUUGCACAUGCGGUCAAGAGCACGAAAGCAGUUGCUUGCGCCCACACUCCCUCAAGACAGACUAGAUAACUCUCUCGAGGCAUUACGAU